AGAAGUUCGAUUAGGUGGGGAAAUUUAAAAACAUCUCACUAACCCGUAAGAUGGAACCUAAAUUAAAUAACAGGGAUAAAAAGCCGUAACGCACUAUCGGAUCAAAUCGACAGUAUUAGCGACAUGACGACGGAGGCGGCGCCGGCGAGCAACGACUCGAUCCCGAAACCGGAAGAGGAGGACCCCGACGAUGAGGACGAAGAUCUGCUCGUGUUCACGGCGUACACUCCGCAGUCGUGGGAGGACCAGCUCGAGACUGAGCACCGGCUUAAGGAAAAGGAGGAAGACAACAAACGGCACCAGGGCGAGGCACAUCUUGUCGAUGGCGAGCUGCAGUUCGUCGCCGAGGAGCACCAUGGGCCGGUGAAGACGCGUAAUCCGAAUCUGGUGGAGGGCAACCAGUUGAAGGAGGAUAUUGAACCUGAGUUCCCAAAGGAGCUGUACGGGCAACCCAUCGAGGAGAUCGACAAGAUCAUCAAGGAACAUGACAAGACUUUCUGUGUGAUAUCGCCGCGUUUCAAGCGCGAGUAUAUCUUCCGGUUCUCAUCCACGUCAUCUUUCUACCUACUGAGACCAUGGAAUCCUUACCGGAAGUUAUGUGUGUACAUCGCCUGCAACCAGUACUUCGACUACUUCAUCAUUCUAACCAUCCUGUGCAACUGCAUUUUCCUUGCGAUGCCGACUGAACCAGCAGCAGAUACGGCUGAGUAUGUAUUUCUGGGCAUCUACACCCUGGAGAUGUUACUGAAACUGUCAGCGCGAGGGUUGAUCAUUAACUCGUAUACAUACCUACGAGACGCAUGGAACUGGCUGGACUUUGUCGUAAUAUUAUCGGCGUAUGUCACAACUAUAAUUGAGAACUCUGGGACCACGUCUAAUGUUGCCAACCUCCAGGGAAUCCGAACAUUCAGAGUCUUCCGGGUCCUUCGAACCAUCUCCAUAGUUCCAGGUUUGAAGACCAUAGUGAACUCAUUACUUCGAGCUUUCAAGAUGUUACUGGAGGUUAUGAUGCUCAUAACGUUCUGUCUUAUGGUGUUUGCACUAUUUGCCCUACAAAUCUACAUGGGCAGCCUGCGACAGAAGUGUGUGGCUGAUUUUCUGCCCAACAGCACCAUCAGCUUCAAUGACCACAUCAAGGACUCAAACAACUGGUAUAAGGGAGGGUACCUCUGUGGAAACAGCUCGGGGACACAGACCUGUCCUGAUAAUUACACCUGCAUGAAGGAUAUUGGUGACAACCCACGCUGGGGUUACGUGAGCUUUGACCACUUUGGAUACGCUAUGCUGACCUCUUUCCAGCUCAUUACUAUGGACUUCUGGGAAGAUACCUAUAACAUGGUUUUGCAGACAUCAGGUCCCCUGAACGUGAUCUUUUUCAUCGUGGUCAUCUUCUUUGGUGCGUUCUACCUGAUUAACCUGUUGUUGGCCGUAGUUGCCAUGUCCUACGAGCAGGAAUCAGAGGCAGCAGGAAAGUGGCAUUUUCAGAGAAAACAGGGUAAACAGGAGAAAGAAAAAGAACUGAAAAACAAAGAAAGGAAAAGAAAGCAAAAAAAGAAGAAAGAGAAAGAAAGGCUAGCAAGAGAGGCGGCGGCCGGCGCCGCUGCAAAUGGCCUUGCAAAUGGUCCCGACAAUCAUGUUUCCCAUCCACCUCCCUCCAAUAACAACGAGGACUCCUAUCUACAGCUUCAUAAAGAAACCAACAACGCAGGGAGACCUGGUGUGAAAAUAAACACAAACUCCACAACACGUCCCCUUGGCAACCCAAACCAUGCCAACAAUGGUGACCCUAAACCCGGCAUCAACACUGACCCCAAACCAGGCAGACGCAACCCAAUGGUAAAAAUGGCAAGCAAGGAUAGCGGUACCGGGAAUUCCGUGGAGAGUUCACGCUCAAAUGGUAGCAAGGAAGGGGACCUUGGAAAUGAGGGUGGAAGUAACAACGGGAGCACGAUUGAUAUACUAAAAUCAGAUAGCCGUAUACAUCCCAGGAAGCCAUUUGUAAAGCAGGCUAGCAUGGGAAUGAUUGCAAAUGAGAGUAAUCCGCUCUUCCCUCUAGAGGUUCUGCCCCCAAUACCAAAGGUUUCAUCCUCGGGGGUCAAUUUUGAUAACAAGAGAGGAUCAGUUGGAGACAACGACAUAGACCAGGGAGUGUUUGAGGACCCAAGCUUUUCUGAGAGCCCGGAUGGUGAAAAUGGAACAAAGGAAAAGGAAGGUCCUGGCCGGAAAUAUAUCCGGGAAACCUACCCCCACAUCACCAUUAUAGACGUUGGCAAUGGAAACCCGGAAAUUGAGCGUGAGCCCGGCCAGCUGAUAAACCGCAACCCCCUGUGCUGCUACGACUGCUGUGGGGGACGCCUCAUGGUAGGCUGGAUGUGGUACCAGCAGGUCUGUUUCAGCAUUGUCUCUGAGCCCAUGUUCGACUUGUUCAUCAUUCUGUGCAUCGUGCUCAACACGCUGUUCAUGACCAUGGAGCACUACCCGCAGACCGACACGUUCACGCUGACACUCAGCGUUGCCAAUUAUUUCUUCUCUGCGGUUUUCAUCCUGGAAGCGGUGUUGAAGCUGAGUGCUCUAACCAAGCACUACUUCAAGAACAAGUGGAACAUAUUUGACCUUGUCAUCGUGGCCAUCAGCAUCCUUGACAUGUCCGUGACCUCUGUGGAUGGCCUCUCAGUCAUCAGGAUCUGCAGACUGUUACGCGUGUUCAAGCUGGCCCAAUCGUGGCCCACGAUGCGUCUGCUGCUGGCGAUCAUCAUGAACACCCUGGGCGCCCUUGGCAACCUCACUCUCAUCCUUCUCAUCGUCAUCUACAUCUUUGCCGUUGUCGGCCUCCAACUCUUCAAUGACAAAUACACGGAUGACAAGUUUGAGCCAGGGGAAAUAAUCAGGUGGCACUUUAAGGACAUAUUCCAUGCGUUCAUGAUGAUAUUUCGAGUGCUGUGUGGUGAGUGGAUAGAGCCGCUGUGGGACUGCAUGCGUGCUUCAGAUGAACUCUGCAUGGUCGUCUUCCUGCCUACCUUGGUGAUAGGAAACUUCAUCGUGCUGAAUCUCUUCCUUGCCUUGCUGCUGAGCGCAUUCGCAACCGACAGCAUCAAGGGCUCCGAUGAUGAGGGAGAUGACGAGAACAGCAAACUGAAGAUUGCAAUCCAGCGCAUCAUCCACCUGUUCUGCUGCUGCUUCAAGAAGAAGUCCAAGGCAGUGAACUCCGUGUCACCAGACAUCGAAGAGCCUGAUGAGACUGAGAGGAAAGAGACCCCCACAGAGGGUGAAACGAAGAUCAUUGUGACAAAUGGCAUAGACAAGAAGCAGUCCAAUGGUACAGCUGUUAAGGACAUUAAAACAGUAGACAAUGCCUUUACAACCAAGACAAAACGAGACCAGUUCAAGGACUUUAAUAAGGCCAUGGACAAGUCAAAAGAGGAAAAGAAGGAAGGUUCACCAGAAAACCAGCCUAAAGAAGAGAAGAAGAAAACAACUACGGACAACAAGGAUAGCAAACCCAAGGAUAAGGCUGUUGUAAUUAAUGAAAAGGACAAAGAACCUGAUGAGGAAGAAUUGGCUAAGAAAGGCAUUGUUUUGUACAAAAUACCAAAGAAACCAAAGAAAGAAAAGAAGGAUUCCAAAGACAAGAACAAGGUGGACUCAACGCUAAAUAAUCCUAGCAACAGCAACAAGGACGCUGAUGAUAUGGAGCUUGGCGCUGAGGCUUCAACAAUUCCAAAAGACGAGACAGAAGAAGAGGAAAAAGUGAAGACAAUAGAAAUACGUACAUGUUGGCCCCUGCCUUGUGCUAAAAAGUUUGAGUCCAAGAAAUGGUGUGCCUGUUGUUGGACCCACACCGACGGGGAGAUCUACAGAAAAUGGUUCCGUGUGCGCGUUAUGAUGAACAUGAUCGUGGGCCACAAGGUGUUUGAGGGCUUUAUCCUGCUCAGCAUCGCCAUCAGCAGCAUCACCCUGGCUUUUGAAGACGUGGACCUGUACAAGAACCAGACAACCCAGGACGCUCUGUUCUGGUUGAAUAUCAUUUUCACGGUCAUCUUUGCCUUGGAGAUGUUGAUGAAGUGGGUGGCGUUUGGCUUCCGUAAAUACUUCUCCAGCUUCUGGUGUUGGCUGGACUUCGGGAUCGUUGUUAUAUCCUUUGCAAGCCUUAUAGCUGACGCCCUUGGUGGAGCCAAUCUCUCAGCCUUCCGUGCCAUGAGAACACUUCGGGCUCUUCGUCCCUUGCGCGCUGUGUCACGAUGGGAAGGAAUGAGGAUUGUUGUGAACGCGCUGAUCAUGGCGGUCCCAUCCAUCAUAAACGUGUUACUUGUCUGCCUGGUUUUCUGGCUUAUCUUUGCCAUCAUGGGUGUGCAGUUCUUCAGCGGAAAGUUUUGGAAAUGUGUCGACAGCACGGGCGAAAAAGUGUCAAAGGAGAUCGUGAAGACCAAGGAUGACUGCAACUCGACCAUGUAUAGCUGGCAGAACAGCAAAAUCAACUUUGAUCACGUGGGAAAUGCCUUCCUUGCACUGUUUCAAAUCGCAACGUUUGAGGGCUGGAUGGAGGUGAUGGUGGACGCCGUGGACAGCGCCGGCAUCGAUGAGCAGCCUAGCUUUGAGAACUCCCUCUAUGCCUACCUGUUCUUCAUUGCAUUCAUCGUCUUUGGCGCUUUCUUCACUCUUAACCUGAUUAUCGGUGUUGUCAUCGACAACUUCAACCAACUCAAGAAAAAGUAUGACGGCAGUUACCUGGACCUGUUCCUCACUUCUGGACAGCGACAGUACUACAACACCAUCAAGAAACUUGGAAACAAAAAGCCACAGAAGACAAUAAGACGACCAAAGAACAAGGUGCAGAGCGUGUUUUACGACAUCGCAGUGAGCAGCAAGUUUGACCUGUGCAUCGUGGUUGUGAUCUUCCUGAACAUGAUCCAGAUGGCGGUGGACCACUAUGGGCAGACUCAGGCAGUCACUGACGUCCUCUCCAUGCUCAACAUCCUCUUUGUGGUCAUCUUCACACUUGAGUCUGUCGUAAAGAUCAUCGGAUUGCGCUGGCACUACUUCACCCAGCCCUGGAACAUCUUUGACUUUUCCGUUGUGAUUGUGUCACUGCUAGAUAUCGUUGCACUGGUGGCCAGCUACAAUGGUAUCAUACUCAGUGACGUCAUGUCCAACGUGCCUGUCAGCCCAACCAUGCUCCGCGUGGUCCGGGUGUUCCGUAUUGGGCGUGUGCUCCGACUAAUCCGCUCCGCCAAGGGCAUCAGGAAGCUGCUGUUUGCUCUGAUCAUGUCUCUGCCUGCCCUGCUGAACAUUGGCAUGCUGCUGUUCCUCAUCAUGUACAUCUACACCAUCAUCUGCCUCUCCCAGUUCCAGAAUCUAAUGAUCCAAGGUGCCUUCAAUGAUGAUGUCGUCAACUUUAAGACAUUUGCUAACAGCUUCCUGCUCAUGUUUCGACUGUCCACCGGGGCUGGGUGGAAUGACGCUCUGAAUACCCUGAUGGUUUCAGAGCCCAGUUGUAACAGCACACACUUUGAGCGGGAGCCUGGAGUGUGGAUAGAGAGUUCUGGAGGGAACUGCGGGAAUUCUGGCCUUGCAAUAAUUGUGUUGACUUCUUAUAUUCUCAUCCUGCGCUUAGUGGUGAUAAACAUGUUUAUUGCGGUGAUUCUUGAGAAUUUUAAUCAGGCUCAUGAACAAGAAUCUGUCGGAAUCACGGAAGACGAUUUUGAAAUGUUUUACUCUAUAUGGGAGAGGUAUGACCCGCUUGCCACUCAGUUUAUUAAAUAUGAACAGCUCUCAAACUUUGUGGCUGACCUUGAGCCACCUCUGGGCAUUCAGAAGCCAAAUGAGAUAGCACUUGUGUCAUUUGACUUGCCCAUAGUUGAAGGGGACAAGUUGCAUUGUCUGGAUGUUCUAAUGGCGUUGGUCAAGUAUGUCCUAGGCAAUGUCGAAGAGACGGAGGAAUUCCUGAAGCUACACACUCAGAUGGAGCUCAAGUUCCAGGCGGCGUUCCCAACACGUGUGAACACGACGAAGAAGACCACCACAAUGAUGCGAAAGAAAGAGGAUGUGGCUGCAAAAACUCUGCAGAGGGCGUGGAGAAGCUGGAAGGCUCAAAAGCAGAUGAAGAGUAUUGCCACCUUGGCCAUGCAGCAAAAGAAUCAAAGUAAGAGCGGGCUCUCUAUAGAAUCUCGCACCAAAAAUAGCUCAAUUCGCAGCCUUGGACACAGACUGUCUACGGCUUUAAGUUCUUUCUUUAGUUCUUCGCGCCCUAGCAGUGCUAUCAGUCAGCUAAGUGUUAAAAGCUCCAGCCCUACAGUGUCAGGAAUAAACACCAGGGAUAGUAUACAUAGGAAAGCGAAAAGUGCGAUGGAGAUGCCGAAAGUUACGACUUUAUACGGUCCUGAAAGGGACCAAGACAUUGAGUUGUGAUAGGGGUAAUAGUAUACUGUGGUAUGUGUUAUUGUGUGGGUUGGUGGAUGGGGCAGGUCUGGUACUUGUUCUGCAGGCUCAUAGUUGGUGGCCCAGUGCACAGCAAUGCCAGCAUGUGGAGUUGCUCAUAUCCGAAGUCCUGGACUGUGUGCCCGCGUACAUCACAUGACUUUUGAUGCAUCUAGCAGGGGACUGGUGCUAGAAUGUCCAUGCUUGAAGCAGCACUUAUUGCUGGCAAUAAUGAAUCUAAAAAUCGCUAUAAAAACUUAAACAGUGUUAAAGCAACAGUGUUAGACUAAAUUGGUACAAAUCAUACAAGUAUCCUGUUUUACAAAUUUCAACUUCUUUGCUUCAUUUGCUGUUAUGUGUAACAGAUAUUUGAACAUGAACUGUGUAAGUUAUUGUCUCAAAUUACCAUUGCAUUUAUUCAGAUGACUUACGAUGUAAUGAAUUAAUACAAUUGAAAUAAAUUUAACUUAUAUCAAAUUGAAACAUACAAAAGUCAUAGCAAUAAGUGUUUUAAAAGCAAAAUAAUCUUUGUCAAAUUUAAACUAACUGAUAGACCCUGUCACAAGAGCAGAAUACACUGGGAAAACUGAGCUUUAUGCAUGUGGCUAAAGUGUUGUCCCAGAUAAGCUUUUGGAAUCUGCACAGGCUAAUCAGGGCUGAUUCGUUCUGCAUAGAGUGGAGGUUUGUUUAGAUGAGAUUUCCGUUAAAAUGUUACUCGCAUAAAAGUGUUAAGUGGUGGCCUUGAUUAGCCAGUACAGACUGCAUAGGCUUAUUUGGGAAGACACAUUCCGCAUGUGCAUUAAGCUCAGUUUCCCCAGAGUGUUUGUCAUUUAUUUCCACAUGUUUCGGUCAGUGUGUUGGCUGUUUUGAGAAUCUUUAAAGCUCAGUGAAGUAAAUUUGUAACAGUUAGUUUUUCAAUAUUACAGUACUAUCUUUAUAUUAUUUCACAAUUGUUUUUUAUUUUGAUUGAAAUAUUAAUUUCAUGUAAGAUUUUGCAUAUGUAAGAAGAUAAUGAUUUAAUUAACCAUUUUUUGACAUCUACCAUGGAUUGCAUUCGAAAUAAAUGAAUCAUUUUCACAUAAAAAAAUUAUUUCAAGGUUCCAUGAUUCUCUUAUUAUGUUAUGUUGUGACACAAAAACAUAGAAUAACUAAAUAUUGUAAAAUUGUUAUACUUAUUUUGCUAGGCAGCAGGUUUUACAGUGGAUGUUAGUUGUCUAUUCCAGCGAAGCUUGUUGAAGUCUUAUUGAUUGCAAGUUGCAUUUAUAUUUUUUUAAACACAUUUAAUCUUUUAUGUAAGAAAUAACUGUGCCUUAAACACACAUAGAUAAAGCCCAUAUCUAUUGCAAUGAUUGUGUUAAUUCAAACGAGUACUCACAUUUUGGAUUAAAUUUACUUAAUGGAGGAAAUUCUGCUUUCACAUAACUUCUACUUUACCUUGUACUUCUUUUAUAACUUAUAAUUACAAUUUUGUAAUUUUAAUGCAAACAGAAAAUAAUGUAUGGAACAGCAGUGUAAUGAAUUCAUCAAUUCAUUAGUAUGAUGUCUUAUUUUAGCCACAAUUCAAAAAUGGGUCUGAUGCCAUAUGCUGCCAGUGUAGCUCCACACCAACAUGCACAGUCGUGCAGUCUGUCUAGAAGCUACCCUGUCCGCUAACAAGACCAUGAAAUCUUGCUUGACUUUAUGGCAGACUAGGUAGUUCCUGACCAUACUGCAACACAGUGCCGGAUGGUCUGGAGCUAUGAUGGCCAUAUUUGACAUAAAACCCAUUUUCGCACAAUAAAGCUCAUUUUAUCAACACUUAUAAGCUUGCUCCUUAACUGGGUACCUAUGGCCAGUUAGAUUUGUUUGUUUUGAUGUUGAUAUAUUAAAUGUCAAUACAUUCAUAUACAAAAUUUGGCUAAUCCUCGUUUGUGUAAAUAUAUACGGUAACUUGUGUUGAUGUGGAUGUUAAUGUCAGGUGUUUAAUAUGUAUUCAAAUUGUAUUGUUCUAAUUUAAUUCUAUUGUUUUACCCUUGCCAAAAAGUAUUACAGAUUCUGUGAUAUAUGUGGUCCUUGCUUUUUCAGAUAUGAGCCUUACAUUAUGUUUCUGUAAUGUUACUUGUAAUUUACUUUUGGGAAAUUUAGGGAUAGUAUUUGAAGAUUAAGCGUGAAACUUUUGUAUCUGUUGACAUUUAAGCCAGGCUUUGAGAAAAUGGCGUUAAAUUAAUAUUUGUAAAUUAUCUUCCCAAAUUAGCCUGUGCAGUCCACAUAAGCUAAUCUGGGAUGACAAUUUCUGCCUGCAUGGAAUUCUGUGUUUAAAGGAAGACACUUCUUGGAAAAAAUCAAAUUUGAAAAGGAAAGAGUUGUCCCUGAUUAGCCUCUGCAGACUGCGCAGUCUAAUAUGGGACGACACUUGACAAACAUGCAUUAAAGCCCGUUUUCCCAAAGCAAGUCUUAUUUCCAUACCAGAUAGGAUAGUUUCACACCCAGCCCUUAAAUUACUUGUUCGCUUUCCUGUCUAUGAUUAUGGAUUAUCAUUGUUUGUUAUGUACUACUUUUUCAUGCAAAACAUGUUAAAUCUUUGAAUGCUUUCAUGUUUUUGGUAUUAUAUUUAUUGCCUGUUGUUAUUGAUAAUUACACAUUUAUGUAUUUGAUUUGUUGUAUCUAGAAAAUUCAUGUAAAAUAGGAUCAUUUUUCUAGACCAUAAAAUAUAUUGCAUUUAGCAUGUACAAUUGUUAAUUUGAUUCAAAACUGAUGUUUAUGUGGUAUGUGUCUGUCAUUAUGUUAUUGUCAUAGUUGGUCGUUGCCAUUUAAGCCCAUCAUUAUAACACUGAUCCAUAUAGUCAGCUGUUUGGUGUUAUUUGUUUCAAUUGUAUGUAGUUUUUUAAUUUAAGAGGAUUCUUCCUCUGAAAGCACUUCUCAUUAGUAAAAUAUAAGUCUCGCUAUGGGGUAACAGGGCUUAAUGCAUUUGCAUAAAGGUAGGAAGUGUCAUACCAGAUUAGCCUGUGCAGUCUGCUCAGGGUCAACACUUCCAGCCUUUACUGGAUUUUCACUAUAAAGAGAAAUCCUUUAACAAAGAAUACAAUUAAAGCAGAAAGUGUUUUACCUGAUUAUCCUGUGUGGACUGUACAGGCUAACCUGUUAUAAAACAUCCCUCUUGCAUUAAGCCUGGUUUUCGCAGAGCAAGGCUUAUAUUGAGUGUCUUCGUGGUGCUUGGAAGUUGGUCUGGUUUGCAUUUGAAAAUGUCUGUAUGUGAUUGUGUCAACCAGUCAGCAUAUUAAUGUUUAGUAUUGCUUGAACAGCAAUAUCUACAUGAAUCUUUUCUGAACCCUUCUCAUCAAAUGUUUUUCAAAGUUUAGGGUUUAAUGAUGCUGUGUUAACACUUGUGAAAACUGUUCCCAAAUACAACAUUUACAAAGACACAAAUUAUGUUAACACAAUAUACCGGCUUUACCCUCAUAGUCGAAUAAAUUAGAAACUUGAAAAUCAAAACUUUAUUGUUAAUAUAUUGCAGAAGUAACAAUUUGAAGUUUUAAAAGGAAUAGAUUUGGGUUCUACAGAGAAUCGUAUUAAUCAAAAAGUAUCAUGCAAGUGUUUGUAGAUAAAAAUGAUUGAUUGAUAUUUAUGAUGUAAAAUAUGUGUUGAAGAAACUAUUUUUGACAUGAACAGUGAAGUCAGAAGCAUUUAGCGGUUGUUAUAAACAUGUAGAUUCCUGCAGAACAGCUGCCUUUGAAUCAGCAGAUGUACAUAUAUUUGAUACUGGGAUAUUUAUUUGUUUUCCCAUGAGUUGGAAUUAUUUGUAUUUGUUUGUUUCACCUUUCUAGCCUCAGUAACAUUACGCUAUGUUGACCAAAGGUUUAUAAAUAAAUGAAAAAAGUUU